AUGGACCGCGCUACACACGUCUCUAAUGAGCUUAAGCGUCAACGGCUGCUUGCGGCUCAGGUUUUACAAAAAGCCAACGAAGUCAGCCCACACACGACGCGCCAUCUGAAGAAUCAGCGGUCCCCGGAUGGUCGGAACUCUGGCGGAAGCUACUCCGACCCUUCCUCAUCGCCUUCGUCAUUCCGCCAGCAACAAGAAUCCAUAAACAUUACGGAGCUGGAGGAGGAGAAAACGAUCCACUUGGCCACAACGCCCAAAAAGUGUUCGUUCGAGCCUCAAGAGUUUGCGGCCCGAUCGACACUAGCGGAGCAGCAGCGGCAGAAACAACGACAAGCGGCGCAAUCCGCUACCGGCCGACCCGCUACUGGUAACGUGCCGGAUGCGAGCAAAUUUCUAUCGGCUGGUAUCGAGGAAAUUCUGGCCGCAAGUUUCGCCGAUAACAUCCGGUCGAUGGGCCGUUCGCUGCGCGAUAGCAUUACGGUCGGUGGACCAGGCAGCGAAGGAAUCAGCACACAGGAACAGAUUGCCGAUCUAAGCCUUCCGCGCACGGCCGAUUUGAGCAAGUAUUCGACGAAUUCCCUCUCCUCGCUGGCAUCUGGCACAAACCCCGGGAAAGACCUUUGGGACAUCUCGCAACCCGCCUUCGAUGGUGACUGGAUGAAGGAGAAGAUGGAUGAGCUGAGCAGGAUGGAAGAAGUCAGCUUCCGAGAUGGGGAGAAGAUACAGGAUCAGCUGCUAGAGGAUGAGCUGGAAUGGGAGCAGGAACAUGCCAUCAUACCGGAGCAAAACGCUAAAGCCCGUGCUCCCAUCAGUCCGAUUAGGGGUGUGAAGAAACCGCAGGCCGCGGAACGUGUGGACUUUUCCUGCUUUUCCGGUUAUCUGGUACCGGAGAGAGAUGUUUCUCGUAGGCAAUCCGAAGGAUGCAAAGAUACCCAGAAUGAUAGCGCCUGUUCGGUGGGGGAUUAUUUCAAAAUAAUGUCCGAUGACUUGAAGAACAUGGUCGGUGGUGAUCGCAUUAGCCCACCGCGGCGCACAAUGCAUCCGCUGAUCGACAUGACAAACGAUGCUAUCGGUAUGUAGAGUGUACGGCAUAGUUUGAGUUCCAUGGGGAAUAGUCCUAAGAGUCCGGCGAAGGCUAAACGGCCGACAUAUGAUAAGGAGAACAAGGAAAAUUCACUCAGCGUUUCGAGCCUCGCACGAGCUAUCAAUGCUAUGGAUUUAGAUGACUCACCACACAACUUAAUUAACAAACUGAAGCAAGUGCAGCGCACCAAAUCGGAACAAAUCAGCACCGCCACUUCAAGACAACCAACAGCCGGUGCGGCUGGCGGUGGUGGUUCAUUAAAGAAGUUCCAUAGCGAUCAAACAGUACCGCCUAAACCUGCACCACGGAUGGUCAAGCCGAUGGAUUCCAAAAUAAAGUCUCCGAACACCUCUCAUCAACCACUCUCCGAUACGAUGAGUAUUUCGGAAUCAAUGCUUGAAUCCUUCGCCGAUGGUCCAUUGCUUUCGAGCGGUAAAACAUCGAGCCCCAAGGGUAGUGACGAGAGCUUCUCGAUGCGCUAUUCAUCGAUGCCAUCAACAUCAUCGGCAGCAGUAACACCGGCCAUGAAUCGUCUGCAGCAACCGCUCAUCGACACAUACCGUGUUUCGACGACGACCAAACUAUCCGAGGGGCAUAUGGAUCUACCACCGGUACCGAGAAUACGGAACACGCCGAAAAACUGCCAGAAAAACAUUUUCCACAUCCAGCCUGCGACAGAGGAUGAAAUGCUGCAGAAAAGCACCAUGCAGGAGUUCGAUACCGAGGGUCAAUAUAUUGCUAAACCGAACCGUAAGCGUCGCUCGUGUUCGGCCACACGGCAAGAGCUGCAAAACGGCAAACGGAUGGUGGAGUUGGCCGUGCCAUCUGGCGAGGUGUACCGGGAUCAUCCGCGAUCGAAAUCACCUUCGAAUCGAGCAGAACUGAAUGCCGUCUGUGGUGGUGGUGGUGGUGGUGUUGGUGCUGAUGACGGUGAGCCAAUGAAGCUAACGCUCGUGCAGGAUGCUGCUGGUAGCAGUGAGUAUAUUCCCACACCGAAAAGCUCUCAGCGGACUAUCAGGACGAUUGCCGAGGUUGACCGUAAAUCUUUCCUUGCACCAGAGCCACGCACCAUGUCCCGUUCACCGUACAGUUCCCCGAAAGCUGACGCAGCCCCGAAACGUGUGUAUGAUGAGAUCGCGGAAAAGUACAGCAUUCCAGCACCAACACUCUCCCGAGCGGCCUCUCAGUGUUCUGGAAGCACCGAGUGGACCCACCGCAGCGACGGAACCACUUUGCCCCUUAAGGCCACCCAUAGCGAACUGUCCUGGGGUAGUACGAGGCUGCGGCGAAGCGAGAAUCGCUCUUUGCAAAUCAAAAACACUUCCAAUCGCAAGCUGACAGUGAAAGCCGUUAUCGUAGGUCCAGGUUUUCAGCUGUGGGGUCCCGAACAAAGCGUUGGACUGUUUAUCCUUCAAAGCCAAGAGUGUCGUACGAUCACAGUCGAGUUUUGCCCGACCACAAUCGGACCGGCAGUUGGUGCGCUCUCGUUUCAUCCACCGAACGAGCUGCACGUUCGCCGGGUCGUCAGUCUGUUCGGGUACGGAGGGGAAGCUUCAGUGAAGAUUGAAGGCAUCCAAAAGGGACCGAGUGGUCCUUUCCUCGAGCUUGGCAACGUACGCAAUCUGGGUCGUCCUUUAGAGAAAUCUUUCUCACUUUACAACAAGGGCAGCCUGCCGGCGUUCGCUCGCAUCAGUAUCGAUCGGAAAGGGGUAGAUCAAACCCUGCUCGCGACCGCCGUUUAUGUGUAUCCGCAGUGCACCAUCAUCGCACCGAACAGCUACGCACACAUCAAAGUGGUGUUUAAGCCAGGGCGCCAGGAGAUCACCAAGAUCCUGCAGAAGCAGGUGGACGUGCUGUCGAUCACGAACCUGCACAUCCUUUGGGGCGACGAACCGACACGACAUCGCAUUAGACGUAGCAUUGCCACGGCCAAAAUGAAUGCACUACAAGAUCCGAAGCUGAAGGCACUCUCCCAGAUUUGCAACAAGUUCGGUGAUGAGCCGGAACUGUCCGGAAUAGAGCAGUUUGCCGAGCAUGUGUUCAACACGAUUCACGAACUGUUCCUGACGUUCCGAGAGUACGAGCUAGUGCUGACACUUGAUCGUGCGCUGGACGAUACGUUGUUCGACCUUUCGAUAGCGGAUGAAUCGGGUGCACUGUUUAAGACCAUGUGCAACCCUUCGGAAGUCGGUUCCUCGCCCAACUUGCAAGCGAACACAGACCGGCAGAUAUCACCAGCCGUUGAUGCGGCUAUAAACGCGAUGGACGGCGUGCUUGGCUGCAAGCGGGACAGUGGUGAAUCCUGGUCAGUACGGCCGACGUCUCUGGUGUUUCGAGCGUCCUCCGAACGCACCAAACAGUUCGUGAUCAAAAGCAAUUUCUAUACGCCCCAGUACUUCGAACUGAACUGCAACUAUCGGCAGCUGUUUCGGCUUUCGCCAGCAGAAGGCCACAUCCGCCCUGGCCAGGAAGUGCUGGUAAAUGUGUCGCUACAGCACAUCCAACCGAUCGAUGCGGGUCUACUGAAACAGCAGCCGAUCUUCGUUGCGGUAUACAUUGAGAAUGAAAAGAUCAGCAUUCCGAUUCAGAUCCAGUACGGAAAAUGAGACUCUUGCCCACGGCUCAUACAAUUCCAUCCUUUUGUUCUGUGUGUACUUUUACCCAUCUACCGGGCCCAGUUUCGGGUUCCAGCU